UCGAGUCUGUCGUGAUACAAUACGCAUGCGCAGUUGCAAGUCGCCGUCAAACAUGCUUAUGUGGCUUCUGUGAUGUCAAAGUUUUAGUUUGUUGUUGGUUUGGAGACAAACUGCUGCGAUGAAGCUUUGUAUUGUGGCAUUGCUUUGUGUUUGCAGUUUCAUCAGAGCGGACGAAGACGAGAGACUGCCGAAUAAAUGCGAAGUUUGUAAGAUUCUGACCAUAGAGCUGCAGGAGGCUUUGGAGAAAACUGGCCGUUCCAAAGAAGUCCUGGAGGUUGGAGAGGUGCUGGACAAUGGGAAGAGAAAAAGGAAGAUAAUAUACAACACCUCGGAGACUCGGUUGACUGAGGCACUAGACAACAUAUGUGAGCGCAUCCUGCAGUAUAAUGUUCACGCAGAGAGGCCUGGCAGCCUCCGAUAUGCCAAGGGUGCCAGUCAGACCAUAUCGACUCUGAAGAAUCUGGUUCACAAAGGAGUUAAAGUGGACCUGGGACUGCCAUAUGAGCUCUGGGAUGAACCCUCUGUUGAGGUGUCUGACAUGAAAAAACAGUGUGAGAAAAUGCUGGAGGAGAAUGAGGAGGUGCUGGAGGACUGGUACUUCCACCAUCAGGACCAGAGGCUGGACAACUUCCUCUGUGAAAAGCAUGUCCUCAAAACAUCAGAGCAAGAAUGCCUGAAGGAGGUGUGGAAAGGGGACAUGGGUGAAAAAGGAGGAGCUGAGGAGGCAGCAAGCGACAACACAGCAAAACAGGAAACAAGUGACGAUGCGCAGGAGGAGGAGGAGGAGGAGGAAAAGACACAUGACGCCGGAGAGCUCUGAGAAAACAUUUUCAAAAUGAAGACAACACAAAACCUCAUCCUCAGAUUUUAGCAGGAAACAUGCAAAUUGAUGGGCAGAAGUUAAUAAUUAUGUAUUCAGACUAAUUUUCAGCUGUUCUUGGAGCCAAAUCUGGUACAUACAUGUGGGAGAGAUCACACUGAGAUUAUAGAAUGAGACUAUUUUAGCUUCUGAAUGGAUGAUUUGACAAUUAGAAACAUGCCGUCAACACUGUUUCAGAUGCCAAACCUUGUUCUAGUUUACACAGUGUUGCAGUGGUGUGAGAUGAUACUUUACACAAUUUGGCACUAAGUUAUUUUUACAGAAACUGUCUCAGCUUUUUAUAAACGGUUUCACCUUUUUGAACACACCUAUUUGGAUAAAGGUUGUUACAUCAUGUGUGAAUGCUGUUACAUUUAUACUUAUGCCAACGUUGUUUUGCUUUUUUUAUCCCCAAACUACAGUCUUUAAAUGCAAUAUGUACAGUUGUUUUU